AUUAUUACCCGCACAGCAGCCUUGGCAGGGCGGGUCAUGUAUCUGUCCCUGCGCUGCUGCGUUUACAGCGCGGCUUGCUUACGUCGGGAGUUCGUUAUCCCUUCGUUGGCACACAGGUUCAUAGCAGAGAUGGUGGAUUUUUUUAUUCUGUUCUUUAUAAAGGCAACCAUUGUUUUAAGUAUUAUGCACCUCAGUGGAAUAAAGGACAUCUCUAAAUUUGCCAUGCAUUACAUCAUAGAAGAAAUAGAUGAAGAUACGUCCAUGGAGGAUUUGCAGAAAAUGAUGAUAGUAGCUCUCAUCUACAGGUUAUUAGUCUGCUUCUAUGAGAUAAUCUGCAUUUGGGGAGCAGGUGGAGCAACCCCAGGGAAAUUCUUGCUUGGACUGCGAGUUGUGACGUGCGAUACGUCUGUACUUAUUGCACCCAGCCGUGUGUUAGUCAUUCCGUCCUCGAAUGUCAGUAUGACAACGUCCACAAUACGAGCUUUGAUCAAGAAUUUUUCUAUUGCUUCAUUUUUCCCUGCAUUCAUUACCCUGCUGUUUUUCCAGCAUAACCGAACAGCCUACGAUAUUGUGGCAGGGACUAUUGUGGUAAGAAGAAACGGAGUCAGAUGAUACCAAAAGAUGAGAUUUCCAGACUGGUUUUGAACAUCCCUUCCCACCCCCAGUGAACAACAACCUACCCCAAAACUGAAAUUGAGGUGUCUAGCCGAAACUUUUGCCCAAAUGGGAUUUGAUUCAGAAGCUAAAGAUAAUGUUUUGCUUCGGUGCGAUGCCAGCAGCUACCUUCGAAGUGUUGGGAGUUUUCAUAAAUGCCAAAGAAGUUUGGGAGAAACAGUAACUGUUAUUUCUGAAAGUAUUAACCUCUGACUGAUGAGGAAGAAAGUGGCUGUAUUAACUGCAGAAAGGAGCUGUUCUGUUCAGCAG